AUGUCAUCUAAGAGGAAACUAGGAGGGAAAUCCAGCCCCCGCCGCAGCCCUGUCCCGCUGGAAGUUUUCCUGCGCAGCGAGGAGGACGCCGAGAGUCUGUCCCAGACUGACAGCUUCAUCGGCUCGAAUGGCAACAGGGAGGAGAGCAAUGUGUCGACCUCGACCUCUGCCAGGCCUGCUAAUGUUUGGGGUUUUAUCGAGAGCAAGGAUGACGUCAAGGCUUCCGCUGGCAAGAAUCUUAAGCUAGACCCGAAGGAGUAUCCCCAUCUUGGAUGGCAACCAAAACAUCCUAAAGUAACGACAUCUCCGGACGCUGUUUCGCUGGCAAGUGUAUCCCAUGUUGGCGUUGAGGUCAACAGGCACAUAGUUCCAGCUACACCUACAAAGUUGGGGGUGGAGGAAGGUAACCCAGCCAUGGGAAUGAAAAAAUCGAAUGUUCAAGAUCGUCAGACACCACAGCGUCCACAAGUGCGGGUGGUGCCUCUAGAGGCCCUUCUCCAGCCUCCGGGACAGCAGUCGCAGAAUCAGGUGCAGCAGCCUCAGCACCAAGUAAGAGCGACCCAUCCUCGGGUUCAACUACAACAGCAGUCUCGAGACGAGGCGCAGCCGCAGCCGCCAAAGGUUCCCGAUCGUCACUCUAAACGAGUGACUAGAAAUCCAUCUUCACUACUAAAACGGCGGUGUCCUGAUCAGUCGUCCAUGCAGGAGAGGCAGCAGCCUAAUGUUCAAGAGCGUCAGACACUAGAGCGUCCACAAGACCGUCCACAAGAGCCAGCGGUGCCCCAAGUUUCCCCGUCAGACACUUGUCAGACAUUGCCACAGAAACAGGUGCAGGUGCCCUCAUUGCUGCGACCUUCGAAACUAGCUUUGGGAGCGCAACUUGGCCGGCACUCGUCACGUCAGAAAUUGGUUGAAACCCCCUCGGAAUUGCCACAACCCUCGCAGAAUCAGGUGCAGAUACAGCCACCUCAGCAACAAGUGCAUAAGACCACAUGUGGGGUUCAAGUGCAACAGCAGUCUCGAGAGAAAGACGUGCCGCCGCCACAGGCAAAUACUCCCAAUCCAUCUUCGCCAUUUGUUCAAGGGCCUCAGACACCACAACGUCCACAAGUGCGGGUGGUGCCUAUAGAUUCCCUACGCCAGCCUCCGGGACAGCAGUCGCAGAAUCAGGUGCAGCAGCCUCAGCACCAAGUAAGAGCAACCUCUUGGGUUCAACCACAGCAGUCUCGAGAGGAAGACCAGCCGCAGAGGCCAAAUGCUCCCGAUCGUCACUCGUUGCAGAAGGGGUUGUCGAAUCCACCUUCACUACUAAAACGGCGGAGCCCGGAUCAGUCGUCCAUGCAGGAGGACCAGCGGACCAAUGUUCAAGAGCUUGAGACACCACAGCGUCCACAAGUGCCGGCGGUACCACAAGUUACCCAACACCAGGCGCGGCAACAGGCUCAACAUCGCCAAAAUCCUCAGAAUGAACAGCCGCUGGGAACAGCAACCAAUCGGCGCAUACCGCUGCAAGAAUUGCCAGCACAGGACAUGCCUCGAAAUCAAUGGCCGAUUCCGAAAUUGAUCCGCUCUCCGAAACUUAUGGGGGUACAACGUGGAGAGAAUUCAACUCGUGAGCCAUCGCUAAAGGAGAAUCAGGAAGAGCAGCCUGAGAACCAAAAGGUCUCAGAACAACCUAUCUCAGACUCGAAAUCAGAGCAGUCUCGCGAGGAACUGCAAAAGCAGAGUCCAGACCAACAUCAACUCCAGACCCAAUCCAAUGGGCAGCAGCAACGGCCUCAUCGAGUAUCGAAGCGGAAAUGGAUGACUGAACGAGAACGUGGACUAAAGAGGCGGCGACUUGCUGAAGUGGAGCAGAAGAAAUCGGUGGUUAAGAAGGGCCCAUCGCCAGAGGAACAGAAGGGCCCAUCGCCAGAGGAAGAAAUCAACCCAGCGAAAGUGGAAGAGAUCGUUCCUGCGCCAGAGCAGGAACCCAUCCCUUCUAUUUAUGGACAGAUUUUUAAGGAUAACAGCCUAAUCCCUUCGUAUGUUCAUAAGGCGUUUGAGGUGCCGGAUCCGACAGACAUUGAAGCUGUACAGCGUGUUCGACAGCUUCGGUGGGAUGUAGAGCACUUUAAUAUUGCUUCUCCGCAUAGGUCCCCACAUAACUCGAAUGCCCAGAAGUCAACUCCGAGGGAUCGAGUGAAUCCGCAGCAGCAGGCCGACCAACAGGAACAUCAGCCUCCUCCUAGUCUCAGAAAUUCCCAACCAACGAGGGAUUGCUCGACAGAGUCUUCGGAAGAUGGAUCCAGCGAGGAGAGUGAUUCGUCCGACGAAGAGCAACCGAGGAGAGAUUCCUCGACGGAGGAGAGUGAUUCACAGGAGGAAGAGCCAAAUGGGCCCGAGCCUCAAACCAAUGCAGGACCGAGCAGUGCAACACCAGCCGGGAGAAUUUCUCCCCGGCCGGGUGAUGCACCGCGAUCCUCGUCCUAUGAUCUGCCAUUCCCAUCCUAUGUUCCGGAGGAGAGUGAUUCAAAGGAGGAAGAGCCAAACGGACCCGAGCCUCAAUCCAAUGCAGGACCGAGCAAAGUGGCCCCGCGAUCCCCAUCCAAUGAUCUGCCAUCCCCAUGCUAUGUUCGGCAAGAACCAAAUCAAGGGACUCGCCCGAGAUUGCCCAGCUACACGUUGCCCAAGAUGCCAUAUGAACAUAGUGCACAUAGUCCGGCACCGGUGGCGCCUCUCACCCUGGCAUCGACUCCGUCACCCGUGUACCAGCAACACCGGAUGCGGUCGAUGCCCUCCGUCUCUAGGAACACGGGACCUGAUCAAGGAGGGCAGAACUGGACAGCGCGUCCUCCCGUGUACCAGCAACACCGGAUGCGGUCGAUGCCCUCCGUCUCUAGAAAUACGGGACCUGAUCAAGGAGGGCAGAAUUGGACAUCACGUCCUCGGAGUCACAAACCGGUGGCACCUCUUAGCCGAGAAUCGCCUCCGCCACCCGUUUACCAGCAAGAUUCGUGGUCGCCGCCCUCCGUCACUAGGAAUACGGGACCUGAUGAAGAGGGGGACAUCAGGAGAAGACGUCCUCGGAUCUGGUCUCCAAUCAGAUACCCUGGAUCUUCUAACUCCUAA